GAGAAAGAACUCCAUCUUCCAUAGUUCCAUCCAACAUCCAGGCAGAGGCAGAGCCAUCCUUGGCUUCCCAAAAACUCUCUUUUUUCUCUUCUCCCUUCCUUUGUUGCUUCUCCUCCUCCUCCAUCGUCUCCUCUUCACCUUGCGUCCUCCCCAUCCAAAGCUCACAACUUGACGACACACGCACACGCGCUCCCAUGUCCUGUAGCCUCCUCUCCAUGUCAAGCCACGCCGCCCCCUCGCCGUCGCAGCCGUGAGACAUCCCUCCGCGCCGCGGCGAGACUUCCCCUGUGUCCAUGUUCGCCGCUGGUUCUUGAUUCGUUCAGGUCUCGUGACAAACUUGCUUCUCCUCCUGAUUUAAUUUGUCCGGUGCGGGAAGGGAAGCCUCCCUCUGCAGCAUGGCGCCGUUGCGCGGGGCCAAGCGCCGGAGGAAGGCGGCGGCGGAGAAGAAGGCUGCAAUGGCGGCGGCCGCUGCGGCGGGUGGCGCGCCCGGAGCAGGCGGCGGCGACUGGUGGGACGGCUUCUGCAUGCGGAUGUCAGGAACCUUGUCUGGUAUACAGGAUGCACAAAGAUUUGAGUUUAUCUUCAAAAUGCCAAGGAGAACCUUCAACUACAUCUGUGGUUUGGUGAGAGAUGAAAUGAUGGUGAGGUCUAGCAGCUAUACCUUUCUUGAUGGGAAGGUGCUGUCUUUAGAAGAUCGGGUGGCGGUGGCUCUGAUAAGGUUGAAUUCUGGCGGAUCACUAGUGACUGUAGGAUCUGCUGUUGGUGUAAACCACUCAACCGUGUCACUGAUUACUUGGAGGUUUGUUGAGGCUAUGGAGGAGCGAGCAAGCCACCAUUUGCGGUGGCCAGAUUCCAGUGAAGUGGAGAAGAUCAAAUCCAUGUUUGAGAAGAUACAUGGUUUGCCAAACUGCUGCGGUGUUGUAGACACAACACAUAUCACAAUGUGCCUUUCUUCAGCUGAGCCAAACUGUAAGGUCUGGCUAGACCAUGAGAAAAAUUACAGCAUGGUCUUGCAAGCUGUUAUCAGUCCAGAUAUGAGGUUCAUGGACAUUGUGACAGGGUGGCCUGGUAGCAUGAAAGAGUCGAGCAUUUUGCAUAGCUCUGGUCUUUUCAAGAUGUGCGAGAAAGGAGCACGGCUUAACGGCAGCAAGAUGGUAGUGUCUGAUGGGUCAGAAAUUGGUGAAUACAUAAUUGGUGAUGCAGGAUACCCCCUUCUUCCCUGGCUUCUCACACCGUACCAAGAAAAGGACCUCUCAGAUUCUAAGCUGGAGUUCAAUAAGAGACACGCAGCGGCCAUAACAGUUGCUCCAAGUACAUUGGCGAACUUCAAGGACACAUGGAAAUUCCUGCAUGGCGAGAUGUGGCGCCCCGACAAGCACAGGCUGCCUCGGAUAAUCCAUGUGUGCUGCAUGCUGCACAACAUAAUCAUAUGCCUUCAGGAUGCAACCAUCGACGAGGCAGCCAUGUCGAACGAUCACGACGCGAAUUACAAGCAGCAGGUGUGCCAGUUAGCAGAUGAGAAUGCUGUGAGGGUGAGGGACAAACUGUCUGAGCACUUGGUCAGCAGGUGAGGACAAGAGAAGAAAGAGGGUGUGGAUGUCCCGAAGAAACUGAACCUUCUUAGUCUGCUGCAGCCUGCAGCUGAGUCUUUUAGCUGUGAGUUUCAGUUUUGAUGAGUUUGUUUAUUUCUUUUAGGGGAGAAAGGGGUAGUGCUAAACUGCUAAUUAGUCAGUCAGUUGUGACAAAUGAAAACCCAACUGUAACCGUAGAGCUCUCCAGCUCGCCCCUGUGAUGUGAAUUACAUUUGAUUACUUUGGUUCUGAAUGAAAAAUAUCAUACAGAUCAAAGCUAAAGUUGAACUGCGGAAACUAUCUAUGAAAUCAUUGGCAUGAUUAAUAUUUGUGAUGAACAAUUAGCUUUGCAAAUGAUUUAAUCAA